CUCUCUCCCUCUCUCCCUCCCUCCCUCCCUCCCUCUCCCUCUGGAUCCGUCUAUUUCAGAGCAAACGCUGCUCGUUGACUUUACGUCGUUUUGUCACUAAAAUGUGCUGCCGUCGACUUGUUUGUGCGUCGUAUUCGUUCGACAGCCAAAUGGAGCUCACGUAGCGGCGCUCAGGAGCAUUCGUAAGGAGGUUGGCACAAAGCCCCAGCCAUGACCAUGGAUGAGGUGGGAUUUAUGACCUAUACUUCAGGCAGCAGCAGCCAAAGGGGGAUCAAGUUCUUUUGUUUCUGACCUCAUUGCACUUGACCAACUGACUGAGUUGGAGUCCCUGUCAAGAUGCAUUCCAGUGUGGAUGGACAAUCCCGCCCCCACAGCAGAGGACACACAAAUGACAAUAACAACAACAACAGCAGCAGCAUCAACGAGAGCACUGGAAAUUCUGGUUCCCAGUAUGCACUCUGCGCUCUGGGUGUUGGACUCGUGGCCCUCGGCAUUGUCAUGAUAGUAUGGAGCGUGGUGCCUGCAGGCCCGACUGGUAACAACAGCAACAAUAGUGCAGGUGGAGGAGAAGGUGAUUCUUCAGGAAACAGGAAAAGUAAAGCUUCCUCUGUGGCCUUUGUCCUGGUGGGCUCGGGGGUGGUCAUGCUGCUGCUGUCCUUGUGUCUGGGAAUGAGGAACAAGCAGCGGGAGCAGCGGCGGCUCCAGGAGGCCCAGAAUCACAGAGGUGUGACAGCCAGGGAGAAUGCGGAUGUAGAAAUUGUCGAGCAAGACACCCAGCGCUAUGAUGUGCCCACCUAUGAGGAGGCAGUGGGCAGUGGGCAGUACCCUGUCCGUCAGAGCAACCUUCAGCCCAGCUCCUCCCAGCUCCCCGCAUAUGACGACUUGGUCCAAGUCGAUGGGGUGCAGUAUGAACUUGAAGGUUCAGAAGUUACGGAUCCUGGAUCCCAACCUGGCCUCGCCACGGGCGCCACGACUGUUGCUGCUUCCGCAACAAAUCGAAAACCUGGUAGAAGUGCCCGCAAGCUCCUUCCCAUCAAAAUCCGCAGGAUCAAGUCGGAGAAAGUAUCCAAUUCUCAACCGACAGCUGGAGUCAGUAUUGAACCUCUCACCCCACCACCACAGUAUGAGGACAAGGUGCCCCCCCUCUGAUGAUGACUUUCAAACCUGCAAAGUUCCUAGAAUCUUCCAUUAGAACCGGAUCAGGACUUUCCUUGGUGAACUCAUGCAAUACAGUCCCCAUAGCAGUUUUCUCGUCAGUUAUGGUAUCAAAUUCAUGUUAUGCUCUAUCAUUCCAAAGAACUAUGACUUUUACAUAGAAAAUAUGCAGUCCUUCAACUUUUAAGCAUAUGAGACUGAGGUGGACAAGUACGCACCAAAUAUAGUUUUCCGUCAUGCCAAAGUAGAUUCAUUUGAUGGGAGAGAUCAUGAGGCUUCAAUGGCGGUUAUUUGUGUGCACAUGAGGACCAGGAGCAGUUGUUCAAGCCACUCUCACUGACUUCAGCCAGUAGAGUGGACGACAUUGGGCCCUGCAGGCUUGACCCCAUCUACCACAAUUGUUAACACCAACACCCACUCUCUGAGUGGCUGUGAUAUCAUCGCUCUUAGAGCUUUACAACAAAGACAAAACACCUUUGAUAAGUGUUGGCUUCUGUUCAAGCAGCAUUUUCCUGUAUCUCCCACAUCCUUUUAUUACUUAAGACCAACAUGCUUCUGAAUGUGUAACCGAUUCCCGGUGGGAUACAUUGUGGUCAUUCGUGACAGUGCCUUUCUGCUUUUUGUAACUCUUAACAAUGGAGGAGACAAAAAAAAUAAAAUAAUUCCUGUAACGCUGAAUAUUAUACUCAACAUAUAGUACAGCAUUUUUACAUAUAAAAUGUGACUGCAUUUCCUUGCAGUCUCCUUUGUUGGCAUUUAUAGACUAAAAUUCCCUUGAACCACAUACACACACACACUAAGUGCUGAAAUGAAAAUGCAUUUUAUACAUUUUAUAUUUUUAGGAUUUGACAAUGUUGGGAAUGCUUUUUUGGCGUGUUUAAAGAUACACGAUGAGUUAAUGUGUUAAUGUAAUUAAAAAUAGUUAACUUCUUCCAAACACAUUUUUACCCCAUGUAUACAUAUUGUCUAUGCCCCCACUUUGCAGUUUGACUGCCCCUACCUCACUAGUUACUACGACCGAACUGACUUCUGCUGUCCCCAAUUCAGUUAUUCUCUUGACAACAUCCUGUAGGGAAUGAGGUCAACAAGGGAACAAUAGAAGCUCCUGAAAAGCCAAGCCAAGGGCCUUCACGUGCUCGUCAUGGAAAUAGCAGUCGAGCUACUAAAGAAGCAGCAUAGACUCAACUCCACUGAGGCUUUUAUUUAUUUAUUUUUAUUUUUUUGCUCUUAUUCAAGAGGACCAACAGAGAGUCUCUUUGAGUGUGCAGCUGCACUGCUCUCAGAGCAAGUCUUGCUCAUCAGCCACAGCUUGACUCACAGCCCUGUUUUCACCUCUGAGUAUGCUGGCAAUGAGCCACACACCACAAGGCUCUAUUCAGGGGCAAAUGUUACCAUUAGCAUACACUCUUCAUCAAUACCUGCCAAAUGUCAGAUGAGAAUAACGCACAUGGGAAUACAUGGAGUGAACAUUGCAAGUGUCCCUUUGCCUUGUGUUUGAACGGAGUCAAGUGGUUUAGUUAACGGGAAAAGAACAAUAAAUUAUAUAUCACAAGCAGUUGUUUGAAGCAACAAAAGUCAUCUUGUCACUAACAUUUCCAGGCAUAACCUUUCUCUGUUCUAUUAUUUUUUUUCUGGUCAUGGAGUACCUCCUUUGCUUGCAAGAUUUUAUCUUCCACAAAUGCAUGAUUUCAUUAUGCUAGUAAUAAUGUUUCUCCCUGACCAGUGAAAAUUGUACGAAACGUUAUGUUUUUUCCAUUGCGUGAACACGUGUAUGCUGUUAGUUGAAUAUUUUUUUUAUGUCUUGUGAAAAUAUGUUGGUAAAAAUGCCUUUUGACCCCUGUGAACUGAAAGCAAAUUCAUUUUGAGAGUAUUUGUGAGAAUAAAAAGAGAUUUCAGUGA